AUUAAAAGUAUUAAAUUAGCUGUCGUAAGUCUGGAAUUUUUUCACAGUGGUUUUAAUUUUCAAGAACAUCUCAGUGCAACCUAAAUUACAUCCGUGACGAAGUUUGUUUUUUUUUUAUCCAUGAUGACGAGUAGAAUUUAUACGAUGCACUGCACUACAAAUCUAAACGCAUCUCGUGCAUUCGCGCCGUUAGCAUCAUUAGCUUCAACAUCACAACAGCAGGCAAUCGCACAGUACUGUGUGCUAACGCAAGGAACUGCUCAGAUCUCAUAGUUGUUAUGUUCGACGAAAGCCUCAACAAGACAACCAAGUCCAAACAGUUGGACCUGCAUGUCAGGUAUUGGAUUGGCGACCAAGUCGCAUCCAGAUGGGGUCGCAGUUUAUGGGUCAUGCGAAGGCAGUGGACCUGCUUAACAUUUCAAAAUAUCCGAUAGACGGUCACUUCGCUCACGCGUUUACAAGAAGGAAGGAUGGCUCUAGACAGCAAGCGGAAGGAGCUGCUGUUGGGAACGCUGAAGGAGCUUGGGGAGGACGAGUUCGAGGAAUUCAAGUUCUUUUCGGACCUGCCUCAAAGCGUACAAGAAAACCCCAGCCGGGUGAUCAUUGCUAACGCACUGGUGAAGAAGCAUGGCGAGAAUACUCUGGAGGAGACCAUCAAGAUUCUGGAAAAGAUUGGCAACAAGAACUUGGCCGAGAUGCUGCGUGGCAAUGUGCUGGAAAUAAAAGGCGCCGUCUUCUCCGUCCAUGAUGAUGAUCAGAUUGCCAGAUUGAAGGCGGACCUGCAAGACAACCUGCGGGAUUUAUACAGCUUUGUUCCCGAAGGCAACAUCGAGCGCUGGCAGCAGCAGCCUCUGGACGACGUCUACACGGAGCUGGACGUCACCUACGGGGCCGACGUCAGGCCCGACGAGCGACACGAGGUCCUUCAGAUGGAGACGCGUGCCGCCGCGGCCAAGAAGUCUAUCCUGCCGUGCGACAUCUUCAAAAGCCAUGACGAGCAGCCGCGACGGAUACGCACGCUGCUCACUGUCGGCUUCGCGGGAAUAGGGAAAACCUUCCUGGUUCAAAAGUUUGUGUGUGACUGGGCCAGCGGAAAUACCAACCAGGACGUGCACUUCAUAUUUCCCUUCACAUUCCGUGAGUUGAACACCGACAAAGGGAAAAGUUUUACGCUUGCUGAGCUUAUCCGUCGCUACGUCUGCGAUAGCAGACACAUAAGCGAGGAGACUCUGAACAUUAUAUUAGACGACCUGCAGAAGUCCGGGAAACAGUACUAUGAACGCAGCAGGAUCAAGAUCUUGUUUGUCUUGGACGGACUGGACGAGUGCAACUUUAAAAUGGACUUGAAGAAUCAGAUGAAAGUAGACAUGGAUGUGAAAAAACCCUACCCGCUGGAGGUGCUCCUGGCGCACCUCAUCAAGAGGAACCUGCUUCCUUGCUCCCGGGUUUGGAUCACCACGCGGCCCGCGACGGCCCGUGAUAUCCCCUCCGAGCUCAUUGACAGCAGAACAGAGGUGAGAGGAUUCAGUGAUUCCAUGAGGCUGGAGUACUUCAGGAAAAAGUUCCCAAAUGAGGAGCGUGUCAUUGAGCACAUCCGAAAAACUCGCACCAUCUUCAUCAUGUGCCACCUGCCCAUCUUCUGCUGGCUCACCGCCACAGUUCUUCAGGAUCAUUUGGACAAAGGGAACGAGGGAGCACUUCCCAGAGAGAGAGAACUUCCCACAACGCUGACAGACAUAUGCUCAGAGUAUGCUUUUAACCAGCUGGACAAGUCCAAGGAGCGACAGACGACCGAGUACGCCGAUUACGUGAAAGCGCUAGCAAAGCUGGCGUUUGACCACACCAUGAGUAAGCAACAGAUCUUCUACGAGAAAGACCUGGCGAAAAGCGGAUUUGAUUACAGCCAAGCCGCAAAACACUCCGGAAUAUUCACCGAGGUGUUUAAGGAGGUCCGUCCGCUCAGAAGAAACCAACAGGGCAAGAUGUUUCAGUUCGUCCAUCUGACCAUCCAGGAGUAUCUAGCCGCAUUCCACGUGAUGAUUUGCCUCUUUCACGACAAUAAGAACAUACUGGCUGAUUCAGAGCAGGCACUGGAAUGUGUCUUCCAAGAAGAAGAAGAAAAAUCAGAAGUAUUAGAAGAAACAGAAUCAGAAGAAGAUACAGAAGAUGAAGGUGAUUGGAAAAUCACUGAGGUUCACCGGUCAGCUCUUCAGAAAGCCUCGGAGAGUGAAGGACACCUGGACAUGUUUGUCCGCUUCCUCCUUGGCCUUUCCUUGCCGUGCAACCAGGAAAUAGUGGGGGAACUGCUGAAGGCUCCUCAGGACUGCAGGCAAAGCAAGUCAAAGACAGUCAAGUUGAUCAAGGAGAGGAUAAAACGGAGCACCCCAGAGAAGAACAUCAACUUGUUCUACUGCUUAAACGAGCUGAAAGACAACUCUUUGCUGAUGCAGUUUCAGAAGAAAAAUAGUUCAGACAAAAUUGACUUGGACAACAUGCCAAAUGACAUGUGGUCAGCCUUUGCCUUCUUCUUACUUGCAGACGACAAAACCAUGAAGAGCUUUUGCCUGAGGAUUUACAACCCAUCGCCUUUGGGGCUCCAGAAGCUGUUGGUGGUGGUCAAGGCGUCUGAAAAAUCAGAUCUAAGCUCUUGUUACCUGGACAAAGACAGCUGUCACCUGCUGGUUUCCGUUCUCAGCUCUCCAUCCAACCUGAGGCAUCUGGACCUGAGCAAGAACGAUCUCUCAGACGAGGGUGUUGAGAUCCUCUCGAAAGGACUGAUCAGCCCAAACUGCAUCUUAGAAUCCCUUUUUCUAAGAUUGUGUCGCCUGGAAAAACGCAGCUGUCACCUGAUGGCUUCUCUUCUCAGCUCUCCAUCCAACCUGAGGCAUCUGAAUCUGAGCUGGAACGCUCUGUCGGAUGAAGGGGUGGAGAUCCUCUCAAAAGGACUGGCCAGUCCACACUGCAAAUUAGAGUCCCUCACUCUAAGUCACUGUCUGCUGGACAAAAGCAGCUGUCACCUGAUGGCUUCCCUUCUCAGCUCUCCGUCCAACCUGAGGCAUCUGGACCUGGGCGGGAACAAUCUGUCGUACGAAGGGGUCGCGAUCCUCUCGAAAGGACUGGACAGUCCACACUGCAAAUUAGAGUCCCUCAAUCUGAAUGAAUGUCGCCUGGACAAAGGCAGCUGUCACCUGCUGGCUUCCGUUCUCAGCUCUCCAUCCAACCUGAAGCAUCUGGACCUGUCCCAGAAUGAUCUGUCGGACGAAGGGGUGGAGAUCCUCUCAAAAGUACUGGCCACUCCAAACUGCAUCUUAGAGUCCCUCAAUCUAUCUAGUUGUAACCUGGAAAAAGGCAGCUGUGACCCGCUGGCUUCCUUUCUCAGCUCUCCAUCCAACCUGAUGCUUCUGGACCUGAGCGGGAACAAUCUGUCAGAUGAAGGGGUGGAGAUCCUCUCGAGAGGACUGGCCAGUCCAAACUGCAUCUUAGAGUCCCUCAAGCUGAUAUAUUGCAAGAUCACGGAUAAAGGAUGCGGUUUUUUGGCUGAGCCGCUCAAGUUAAACACCUCCCAUCUUAAACAGCUGUACCUUUGGGGCAAUCCAAUAGGUGAAGAAGGAAAGAGGGUCUUAUCGGAUGUCGAAAAGGAUCCCAGCAAUCGCCUGAAGACUGUCGGGUUUGAAUUGUGGCGCUAAGAACAUGUAAUCCCUGACGUCAAGAAAGAUUUAGUUCAGUCCUACGUACUGUCCGACGACCUCAAGAGCACCGGGUGUCAGCGCUACGGGCAAAAGUGGCCUUGCUCACCUAAUUUGAGGAGGUUCACCCGCUGGCGUUGGGUGUUUUGCUGCUCCUGGGAGGUGGAGUUCAAGGGGAAGGUCUACCAUGCUGCCACCAAACUACUCGCAGCUUUUUUCUGACAUGAACUGAAAUAUGUUUGUCACGAGUAGACGUCUGAUUCAUUUGGACUGGGUUGGGCUGACCAAAAGGACGGGACUUUGAGCACCGUCAACGGUAGCCAAUGAGUUCAAUAAGUACCCUCUGAAAGUUUAACUCAUGUUUUUCACAAAUUCAAAAAAAGUCACGCAAACACUUAAAGUUGUUUUGCUCAUUUCGACAUCAAUGUUUUAAACAUGAUCGUUUUUACUUCUUCAUGUCAAAUAAGAUGAUCUAAUGUUGUUUUGUACGAGAACAGUAAAACCCUAACCUGAAAUAAAAGUUGAAAAAUCACCAAGCAUACCACAAA